AUGCAUUCCGAAAUCUCCAUUCUCAACGCCGAAUCAUACCAUGACGGUAUAGUAUCUUCUUUUCGAGCCCCUCGCAGUCUGCCUCUCCGAGCGUCAAUCACAUCCUCACUGCCUGGCGCCGACGAGACCCGCACAAGGCCUCAACAGCGCGAAUACCGCUGCCAUGACAACGCGCAGUUGGCAGCACAAGCAAGAGCUAUGCUAGAACAGAAGAGGAAGAAGAAGAAGAAGAGAGGGAGACCGCAGCUGGAUGUGGAUGAUCAGACCGCUUUAGGUCGUCGCCGCACCCAGAUCCGCCUCGCCCAACGCGCGUAUCGAAAACAACAACAGAACUCCAUCCUGAUUCUGGAGAAACGGGUUAAGGAACUGAAGAAGAACAAUGAGCAGAUGGGCAGUGACUUCAUCCGCUUCAACGACUAUGUCAUGAGUCAGGGUAUACCAAAAUCCCUUCCCGAAUUCGGCCGCCAGAUGCGGGCCACGACUCGGAUCAUCAUCUCACGCGCGAAAAGGCUAAGUGAUGCCAAUGCCUGGCAGGCGUUGGCCGCGCCCGAACAACAGGUCAAUGGGGGGAUGGGGGAGGCAGCACUGGCAGUCCCGGUAUCAGCUCUGAGAAACGACGAGACGUUUUAG